AGGCCCGGGGUUCUGGAGGCGCAGCCACGGUCCCGCCCCGCCGCGCCCCGCUGUGCCCGGAGCGGAAGCACCGCGGCUGGAACGCAGGCUGCGGAAGACCCAGGAGCGGACCGUCCGGCGCCGGAGGCGCCCAGCCGGGAUCUCCAAGCAGAAUGACUUUGGGAAUCUUUGCAAAUUGUAUAUUCUGCUUGAAAAUCAAAUACUUACCUCGUCAACAGAAGAAAAAGUUGCAGACGGAUAUUAAGAAUAAUGGUGGAAAGUUUUCCUUUUUGUUAAAUCCUCAGUGCACACAUGUAAUCUUAGACAAUGCUGACGCCCUGAGUCAGUAUCAACUGAAUUCCAUCCAAAAGAACGAUGUUCAGAUUGCAAGCCCAGAUUUCAUAUGGGACUCUGUCAACCAGAGGAGACUCAUGAACGUGACGAAUUAUGAUCCCAAAUCACUGGCUCUCAUGCCACCUCCAGGUGAAAAGGGUUGUGCUGAGGUGGAAACAGAAGAUGUGUCUUUGGACAACACCCCAGAGAAUGAAAACACCGAAGUCACUCAGGUUUCUGCAGAAAAUGUUGAAAUUCCUCAUUUUCUUCAAGACUUUGAAGUUGUGAAAUAUAACGUCUUGGAAAAGGUGGGAGCGGAUGGAGACCAGGAGGCCGCAGUAGUGGAGCUGCAGUGCUCCCAGGACCCAGGGGACUGCCCCUUUGUGAUAUCAGCACACUUCCUCCGGGCUGACCACCUGCAGACUAGAAGAGAGAGCAUCGGAAAGCAAACCUCUGAAAGCGCAAGUGAAUAUUAUGAGCAUUACAUUGAAGACCUGAAGAGACAAGGAUUUCUGCUCCAAGAACACUUUACAGCUGAAGCAACACAAUUAGCGUCUGAAAAACUGCAAGCACUGCUUUUGGAGGAGGUUAUAAGUUCGGGCACUCUGAGCCAGGAGGUGAGCGAUUUGGUGGAGAUGGUCUGGGCAGAAGCUCUGGGACACCUGGAGCAAACACUUCUCAAGCCAGUGAACAGCAUAAGCCUGAAUGACGUGAGUAAAGCAGAGGGGGUUCUCCUUCUAGUAAAAUCAGCCCUGAAGAAUGGAGAAACACAGGAGCAACUGCAAAAGGCGAUGGCCGAUUUCUACCGAUUGAUUCCCCACAAACACCCGGCAUCAGAAGACGUUAACCUAAGGUUGUUAGCUCAGAAAGAGGAUCUUUGUCAGCUAGUAAGAGACAUGGUGAAUGUUUGUGAAACUAAUUUGUCCAAACCCAAUCCACCAUCUCUUGCCAAAUACCGAGCUUUGAGAUGCAAAAUCGAACAUGUUGAAAAGAACACUGAAGAAUUUUCCAGGGUUAGAAAAGAAGUGUUGCAGAGUAAUCACAGUGCAAAUCCAGUAGAUGUCUUGCAGAUAUUUAGAGUUGGCAGAGUGAAUGAAGCCUCAGAGUUUUUGAGCAAACUGGGCAAUGUGCAGUCCUUGUUUCAUGGGUCUCCUGUGCGGAACAUUCUUGGAAUCUUGUCCCGAGGGCUGCUUUUACCUAAAGUUGUGGAAGACCGUGGUGUGCAAAGAACAGAUGCUGGAAGUCUGGGCAGCGGGAUUUACUUCAGCGACUCACUCAGUACAAGCAUUAAGUACUCACACGCAGGGGAGACAGAUGGCGCCAGACUCCUGGUUAUCUGUGAUGUUGCCCUGGGAAAGUGUAUGGACUUACUCAAGAAGGACUUUUCUUUAACUGAGGCUCCACCAGGAUAUGACAGUGUGCAUGGAGUUUCCAAAACGGCCUCUGUCCCCACAGACUUUGAGGAUGACGAAUUUGUUGUUUAUAAAACCAAUCAAGUUAAAAUGAAAUACAUUGUUAAAUUUCUCAUUCCUGGAGAUCAAAUAAAGGACUUCCAUCCUCAUGAAAAUACUGAAUUAGAGGAACACAGAGCUGCACCUUCAAAUGUUUCAAAGCCUGAAGAUUUCCAGUUACCAGACAUCAAGCCCCUUGCCAGCAUCAAAGCUGGUCUUCAGGAUGCAUCUGCAAAUUCUGUCCCUCUUGACAGUGUUCACAUCAAGGGAAGAAUAAUAGACUUUGUAGCCCAGGUCAUUGUUUUUCAGACAUACACAAAUCAAAGUCAUGUGCCUAUUGAGGCAAAAUAUAUCUUUCCUUUGGAUGAUAAGGCAGCUGUGUGUGGCUUCGAGGCAUUUAUCAACGGGAAACACAUAGUAGGAGAGAUAAAGGAGAAGGAGGAAGCCAAGCAGGAAUACAGAGAGGCUAUCAGCCAAGGCCAUGGCGCUUACUUGAUGGACCAGGACACACCGGAUGUCUUCACUGUGAGUGUUGGAAACUUACCCCCUCGGGCUAAGGUUCUCAUCAAAAUCACCUACAUCACGGAGCUCAGCAUCCAAAGCCCUGUGGCCAUCUUCUUCAUGCCUGCCACUGUAGCGCCCUGGCAACAGGACAAGGCUUUGAAUGAGAACCUUCAGGAUACAGUGGAGAAGAUUUGUAUAAAGGAAAUAGGGACGAAGCAAAGCUUCUCCCUGGCUAUGUCCAUUGAGAUGCCCUACAAGAUUGAAUUCAUUUCCAGUGACACACAUGAACUGAGACAAAAGAGUACAGACUGUAAAGCUGUAAUUAGCACUGUGGAAGGCAGCUCCUUAGACAGCAGUGGAUUUUCUCUCCACAUUGGUUUGCAUGAUGCCUAUCUCCCAAGAAUGUGGGUUGAAAAACAUCCAGAAAAAGAAAGUGAGGCUUGCAUGCUUGUCUUUCAACCGGAUCUUGCAGCUACCCUUCCUGAUCUCCGUGAAAAGAAUGAAGUGAUUAUUUGUCUUGACUGUUCCAAUUCCAUGGAGGGUGUGACAUUCAUGCAAGCCAAGCAAGUUGCCCUGUACGCUUUGUCUCUGGUGGGUGAGGAGCAAAAAGUAAAUAUUAUGCAGUUUGGCACAGGUUACAAGGAGCUAUUUUCAUAUCCUAAGUAUAUUGCAAACAAUAAGAUGGCCACAGAAUUCAUUAUGUCUGCAGCACCUACCCUGGGGAACACAGACUUCUGGAAAAUUCUCCGCUAUUUAAGUUUCCUGUACCCUUCUGAAGGGUUACGGAACAUUCUCCUCAUAUCUGAUGGGCACCUCCAGAGUGAGAAUCUGACCUUGCAGCUUGUGAAAAGAAAUAUCCAGCACACCAGACUGUUCACCUGUGCUGUCGGUUCUACAGCAAAUCGUCACAUCUUAAGGACCUUGUCUCAGUGUGGUGCUGGAGUAUUUGAAUAUUUUAACUCAAAAUCCAAGCAGAGUUGGAAAAAACAGAUAGAAGCCCAAAUGACCAGGAUACGUUCCCCGAGCUGCCACUCUGUCUCUGUGAAGUGGCAGCAGCUCAGCAGAGACGCCCCUGAGCCUCUGCAGGCUCCAGCCCAGGUGCCCUCCUUGUUUCAUAAUGACCGACUCCUCGUGUACGGAUUCAUUCCUCAUUGUACACAGGCAACUCUGUGUGCAUUCAUCCAAGAGAAGGAAUUUCAUACAAUGGUGUCAACUACUGAGCUGCAGAAGACGACUGGGACUAUGAUUCACAAGCUGGCAGCUCGAGCGCUGAUCAGAGAUUAUGAAGACGGUGUUCUCCAUGACAAUGAAACCAACCACGAGAUGAAGAAAAAAAUCAUGAAAUCUCUGAUUAUUGAACUCAGUAAAGAAAAUUCUCUAAUUACGCAGUUUACAAGCUUUGUGGCAGUUGAGAAAAGGGACGGUAAUGAGAUUCCUUUUGCUAAUGUCCCAAAUAUUUCUGAACUUGUUGCCAAAGAAGAUGUAGACUUUCUGCCAUACAUGAGUUGGAAAGAAGAGCAGCCAGAGGCCUUCACAACACUGGUGCCUGAAAUAAGCAUCCAACACCCUGUAGCUGGAGAUGCAUUAGGCAGUUUUGACUCAAUCAAGCCCUUCUCGGUCUCCUCUGAAAGGAAUGAGAAACAGCCACUUUUUCGUAAAAAAUGUAAAAAAAAAAUAAGGAUAUGUGGUCUAGAACUUUCUGAAGGUUUUGAAGACAUGACCCUAGAGCCACAGUCACUUGCAACAGCAGAAUCUCUCAAGGACCACUCGCAAUCGAAAGAUGUGGACCGGCCAUCGGGUGUGAUUCGGGUGGAGGCUAUGAAAAAAGGAACACUGCGGACGCCUAAACUACUAAGUGCUGGGCCUGUUUCCCUGGGUUCUUCGGCUUCUGCUGGGUUUCCUUUCCAUUCUCCCUGCAGCUCCCAGUCUGCUUUCUUCUCUCCUUCCUGCCACAUUUCUCCUAUUCCUCCCGCUCCCCCUCGCGUUCCUUCCCUCCCUGGUGGCACCCUUCUUCCUCCCCCUCUCCCUCUCCCUGGUGGCACCCUUCUUCCUCCCCCUCUCCCUGGUGGCACCCUUCUUCCUCCCCCUCCCCCUGGUGGCAUCCAUCUUCCUCCUUCCCCCAGAGAAUUCACCCCAUUUAAGUUUGGCUCAAAUAUGUUCGGCCAAACCCCUAAGCCUUUAGGAGGUAUCAACAUUUCCCAUGACUUAGGGUCUUCUCCCGGGCAGCGCUUUGUGGGCUUUGGCCGUGUGGCUUCUUUCCGUAGUUCAGGGGAUUUUGAUCUAGGGAAAGGUUCCCAAGACCCCAACGUCGGCGUCUUCUCUCCCAAAGCCCGUGAGCUGGAUUCUCUUCAUGGGUCACUUUUUUGCACUAAUUUUAUGCCGCCUAUUUGCAGUCCUACUAAGCCACCAUUUGUCCCUCCUCUUCCCACCAAUGUUCUUAGCUCUGAGCAUCCCCAGAGUCCCUCUUCUCUUCUUUUUCUAAGUGCCAAACGCCUUGGAAUUGGUAGGAUGGAUCCACUUGAGUCGGCUCUCCCAUUGGCUGGUUCUCCCAGCACUGCGUCAUCAGACAAGGUUUCGUCCACCUCAUCAGAUGAAAGUUCUUUCGAAACAGACAUGGACGAAGUAGUAUGUGCAGAAGGCGUGACUUUAGAAAGUAUGAAGAAAACUUCUGUAACAAGUGAUGCUUCCUCAGAGGAGGAUGGGAAAUUUGUACCCUAUGAAGAAAGCUGUCCUUUACCGUGGGCUUCACUCUCUGCUCUACAAACCCAGGAUGGUUUUUGGAAACUGACACCAGAACUAGGACUUAUACUAAAACUCAAUGUAAAUGUUCUACACGAGUUUCUUGAAGAAAAAGGCAUUCGAUCUCUAGGUACAAAAGGAAGAGAUCGUCUCCUGGACCUGAUUGCCACGCUGCUGGUACUGCAGUUUCUUCGUAGCUGGUUGGAAAAAGAAGGAAUGGUUGCCAAGUCACUGCUAAAGAUGGAUGACACCUUCAUCUCCAGGAAUAUUCCCUGGGCUUUUGAGAACAUAAAGAAAGCAAGUGAAUGGGCCACAAGGAUUGAAGGGCAGUAUCCAUCUAUCUGCCAACGGCUUGAGCUGGGUAAAGACUGGGAGUCAGCUACAAAGCAACUUCUGGGAAUUCAGCCCCAACCCAACACUUCUCUUCACCGAAUUCUACAUAGCAAUCAAGGAUGAAUCCAAUGAAAUUGCAUUUUAAACAGUUCUCUCUUUUUUUUUUUUUUUUUUUUUGCUAUUGUUUUGUUUUAUGUUGUUUUUUGAGGCAGGGUUUCUCUGUGUAGCUUUGCAAACUCUCCUGGAACUCACUCUGUAGACCAGUCUGGCCUCAAACUCAGAGAUCCACCUGCCUCUGCCUCUCUAGGGCUGGGAUUAAAGGCGUGCACCACCACCUGGCUAUCUUUCUCAUAUUUCUAUGUAGCAAAUAAUCAAAUAGUAAAAGGUACCGAUAAUAACUUGUAA